AUGGCCCUUCUGGCCGAAGAGGGCGAGGGAAAUGGCUUCGAGGAUUCUGUUGAUGACCUCCAGGCCGUCAUUGCAUCCGGCUUUGUCCCGGGGACGAGGAAGAUCUCAUUGACCAUCGCUGCGGUCUUUUGUCUUGGAAUUCUCGGCACGAUCUCUCUUCAGCCCCGGCGAAACACAGCCGCAGAGAUAUCUGCAAGAAAUGUGAGCUCAACAGAACUGGAUCGCUUUAGCUUCCUCCUAGAGCGGGAACUUUUCGAUGUCAGCCUUUUUGACGACAUCAACGUGCCCUACAGCUCGGAGCCCGAGGAAUCCCAGGUCGUUAAAACCACCUGCGUCGUUGAUGUGACUCAAGCAAUGAUGUAUUUGGGGAAUGCGAUUGUCUACAUCUACAGGGCUGCAAUUUGCCCUGACACCGAGCCCUUGGGGUGUACGGAACCUGUCGCCUACGCAGUUACCGCUUUGACCUGGUUGGGCUCCUUCCUGGCUAGCGCUUCCACGUCCUGUGCGGAGUCCCUGAAUCCCGCAAGCGCCUGCAUUGCCGCCACGCUCCGCGACCUCUCAGCCGCGGGCUCCACUGUCUUUGGCUUUAAAGAGGACUGCCUCCUGACCAAGCCUUUGAUGGACAGUCGGGUCUACCAGGACAGAAGAAAGAUCCCACCAAUAUUGGAGAAGAUCUACUCGCUGAACCAGCCCUUUCCACCAGAAUCGCAAAGACGCCGGUUGGACGAGUUCAAGGUCCUUUCAAGCCCCUCUGAUGAUGGCCACAAAACCGAGCUGUAUCGUAACAAGUCAGCGGAUGUGCGCAGAUGGUUGCAGGACAAGAGCAGCAAGCGGCCCGACAAGCAUCACGCUGCUUUGCCCAACGUCCUUUUCGAAGCAGCGACUGCCGGAAUUGACACGCGACUCCUGGACGACGACCAGACGAUCGAGAAGAUUCGAAAUAUUACCCGACUCAGAAGGAGAGGCAGGGAAAGAGGCUUUGCGAUCGCAAAUUGUGUCUUCAACAGUGUGGACGCUGCGGCUUGGCUCGUACGAGCAUUUCUCUCCAUCCAUGAUGCUGCUCGCUCCUGCGGCAAUCGGAAGGAAUGUGCGGUGGACGUCCUUUACGUGAUCGGUUCCUUUGCCUACACUGCACAGAUGCUGUCGUUUACCUUCGUGGAUUGCCCUCAGCGAGGUAAGCGACAGGCAUUAUGCGGAGCGAACGUGGCCGAUGUGGUUGGCAGCAUGGCGAUCUUCGUGGCCUCCAUCAUACAGGCCAUCGGCUACUGUUCAGAUGAUUGGCCCAAUCUCCGAAAGAUUUGA